UGCUCUGUCACGUGACAGGACCCGGAACUGAACUCAAGUCCACAGCAGUUUUUAGAUACCGACAGCCAGCAAAUCCAAUCGUCAUCUUAUGAGAACUCGCAUUUCUAGUUUUUGGCCGUUUUAGCACUUUGACAGCUCAUACAGCUUUUUUUAAACCCUUGGGUUUGGUGUAAUUUCAGUCAGACAGAGAGACUGCAGGUGAGGUGAGUGGACUAUGUUCACCUCGCACCACCUCACUGACUAAACAGAAAAGUCGCUACUUCACCGCAAGAAAAACGGCAAAAACACGAGUUUUCUUCCCGCUGUGAGGGUCUGCUCUGAGCGGUAUCAUCGCCUGCUCCUGAGUUAACCGUGUGGACAGCUGACACGACUGUUUUUGAGCCUUCGGGAAAAUCCUGCGUGCUGUAGUGAUAUGAAUAUGCAUUGCUACUGCGGUUGAGUUUAGAGUUUCAGCUUGUUUCAUUUCGUCGUUUUUUUUUUUUUGUUUUUUUUUUUUUUGGGGGGGGGGGGGGGGGGGGGGGGGUAGUUUUGUUUUACGAACAGCAGCAGCCCUCAGGCUUUGAUUAUGGAGAUCCAAGUGGCACAUCUGCCCUCGACCGAGUCUGAAGAGUGUCAGAAACGCUUCCAGGCGGCUGUGGAUGUCAUCCAGAACCUGCCCAAAAACGGUUCCUACAGGCCUUCGUAUGAAGUGAUGCUGCGGUUCUAUAGCCUGUAUAAACAGGCUGUGUGUGGACCUUGCACAGCAUCUCGUCCGGGCUUCUGGGACCCUGUGGGUCGCUACAAGUGGGAUGCUUGGAAUCGGCUUGGAAACAUGAGUCGUGCGAGUGCCAUGGCCGCCUAUGUCGAUGAGAUGAAGAAAGUUGCGCAAGAGCUUAUAGACAGUAUGCCCAUAAAUGAGAAGACUGCAUCUUUUUACCAUUAUUUUGAGCCACUCUACCAUGUCAUUCAUGAUCUACCAAGACCACCAGAGGUACUACUGAAUCUGAGACAAGAUAUAAAUGCAAACGAAGCAACUGAAACUCCUGCUAAGGACGUGGAUGGCACUAUACAAGAAGAAAUAAGUCGAGAACAAGAGCGAGAGCAAAAGUUGGAUCUUGAGCCUGUCCUUAACAGUGUGCCUCAGAAUGAAAGUGCAGAUGUGGCUCUGUCGGAUGGUCUGGUGCUGACUAGCGACUCUGAGAGUGAAAUUUUCUGCGACUCAAUGGAGCAGCUGGACUACAUAAAGCCAGUUCCUGAGCCACACGGCGGGCAGAAUCAGCUCGUGAACACACCUGCCCUCCAGGUGACCCAGCUGGGUGUUGGACAGGGUGGAGAGGGGGCUGGAAAUGGACCACCGCCGAGGAGGAGGGAACAAGGAAGAGACGGAAUGAGGCAUGGUUGGAGGGAAGCUCCUGGUGGUUUUCCGUACAGCAGCGGUAGACGAGCGGGGCAGCAGGCAUCUGGCGGACGAGGAGGACACAACCCUGACAGAGGGACUGAAGGACUUCAGGACACACAGGUGCAGGAGCAGAUCAUACUGGCACUACAGAGGCUCCGAGAGGACAUGCAGAGCGUGAUGGAGCGGCUGGAGGUGGUCGAGGGCUUGGCUGCAGCUAAUUUCCGGUCAGUGACAAGCCUGGACCCUGUGGACACCACCAAAUGCAGAGUUUCCUCCCUUGACAUGCUUUGCCAGACCUUAACUGCAGCCAUCUUCAGUUUUUCACCCAGGAAAGAAUUCUGCGAUCAUCCACUUUAGUUGUCUUCGGUGACCUUCCAGGCCUUUUGGAGUUGCUGAGCUGUGCAUUCCUUCUUUGUAAGAACAUACCAAUUUGUUUAUUUGGCCACUCCUGAAGAUUCUGUUAUCUCUGAUAGGUCUGUUUUGUUUUUGGUUUUUUCCAGCCUUAUGAUAGCCUCCUUCACUUGCAUCUCCACUUCUUUGUACUGCAAAUUCUAUUCAAGAGAGUUCCCAUGAACAGCUACCAAAUGCAAAUGUAACACUUGGAAUCAACUCCAGACCUUUUAUCUCCUUAAUUUGUCAUGAAAUAAUAAGGAAACAGGCUCAACAGUCGAUUGUCCAAUUACUUUUGAGCCCGUGAAAAUGGUUGUAAUUCCUAAAAGGUUAAUACAAUAUUUUUUUGUUAAACUCCUUGCAUUAAAGCUGCAAAUCUACACUUCAAUCCCAUCUUGAUUGCUUCAUUUCAAAUCCAUUGUGGUGGUGCAAAGAGGCAAAAUUAUGAAAAUUGUGUCACUGUCCAAAUACUUAAGGACCUGACUGUAGAUUGCUGGAUAGAACAGUAAUAAGCAUUAAAACUAUUUAAGUUGAGUAGUAAUUCUGGUCCGUUAGGCUUUUUGAUGGACUGAUAUCCAUCAGCAAUUUAGGGAAGUAGUUUAGUGAAUUAGCGAAGUUAGAGUUGAUUUAAAGUAAUAUGUGUAUGAAACAUGGGCCACUAGGAUCUCAGUGGUGUGGUGCACAAAUAAAAAUGCAGAUUAUUUAACACAAUAUGAGUAUUAGAUAUUAAUAAACAUGUAAUAAAAUUUUUGAAAACAGUAAACAAUGUUCCCAGUCAUACCGAGUUCCCAGAUCUUCAGUCAUAUAAAUAAAGGGACUUUUGCAAAAACAG